GGAGGCAUUGGCCAACCCUGAGAUGACAGCUUCGAUGUUUGACCCCCAAAACAUUCAAGCCAUGAUCCAGAUAGAGCAGGCCGUGCAGCAGCUCCAGGGGUCGGGCCUCGGCAACGUGAUGGGCUUGGGCAACCCAGGAGCCAGUCCUCUCAGUGGCGCGGGCGGCGCUGAUGCAGCCUCGGGCCUGGCACAGCUGCUGGCAGGCGGGAUGGGCGGCAUGGCUGGCAUGGGUGGCGUGCCACCUGUGGCGGACCCGGAGGCCUCGUAUGCCGCGCAGCUGCAGCAGCUGCAGGACAUGGGCUUCAGCGACCGGCCAGCAAACAUACGUGCACUCCAGGCGACGGGAGGGAAUGUGCACGCUGCCGUGGAGCGGUUACUGUCUGGGAUGUGA